CCCCUGACAUCGACUCUUUCCGGUGAGAUUCGGAAAUAUAAAAGUGCAAAAAUGAGCUUUUGUGUUGUUUACAAGUGCAAAAAUCGACACACUAAGAAAAAUGCAGAACAAAUAGAGAUGGAAAAAAUUCUACAUCGGAAAAUUUCAUAUCAUUUAUUUCCUAAAGAUAUAGAAAGACGACAGAAAUGGCUUAAAGCCUUACAGUUAGAAAAUUAUGAACCUAAAAAGUCAGCUGCAGUUUGUUCCAGUCAUUUUAAAGAUACAGACUAUGAGAUAAAUCAUGCAAAUCGCAAGUUAAAAAAAGAUGCUGUUCCACAUUUACUGAAAACGGAAAUCCAAUCUGUAAAGCAGAUUGAUUCACAAUACCAAGAUAUCACUUCUGUUGAAAAAAAAAUAAAUAUUGAACCUGACAAAAAUAAUGAAGAUAUACAACUAAAUAUUGAAAAUACUAAGGACAACAAUACAAUGGACACAUGUUCAUAUAACACUCGAAUGGUGCACCGUUCCACUAGUAUAUCUCCUGAAAGAAUUAUAAAUUCGCCAAUUAAAACUGGAAUUCGAGAAGUAUAUAGAACUAAAAUUAAAACUAUAAAAAGAAGGCUAUCUAUAAGUCGCUAUGAACACAAGAAAACACAAAAGAAACUAUGCACACUAAAGAAUGUGUUAAAGGAUUUGGAGAAACGGAAUCUAUUAACAGCAGAGGAAAGUGAUAUUCUGCAACAUUUAGAUACAGGUACCUAAGAAUACACAUUAACACAUUAUGUACAAAAUGUAGAAAUAAGUGAUAGACAUAAGUUUACUAAGUUAAUAUUGUUCAAAAAGGCCAAUAAAAAUCAAUAAAAAUAAUGAAACACUG